AUGGAGAGGGUCCAGGUGCUUGGACAUGCAACGGCAGCUGCAGCUGUUCCAAAACCAACCCACAGGGAGAAGGAAUUUGACAAGAAGAAAGAAGAGAGCUCUUCAUUUGCCUUCAACUUGUUUCGAGGGAAGGUGAAUGUGGAGCAGGUCUUCCCAUACCCAGACAUCCUUACUCUUGAACAAAAGGAAACCAUGCGCAUGUUUGUCGACCCUGUCAAUAAAUUCUUUGAGAAGGAAAAUGAUGCAGCCAAGAAUGACUCUUUGGAGACUGUACCUGAAGAGACGAUGCAAGGCUUAAGGGAGCUGGGAGCAUUUGGAGUACAAGUCCCAGUGGACUAUGGAGGACUUGGCUUGACCAACACUCAAUAUGCCCGUCUUGGAGAGAUCAUCGGUGCCAAAGACCUAGGUGUCUCAGUCAUGCUUGGAGCACAUCAAAGCAUUGGAUUCAAGGGGAUUCUAUUGUUUGGAACCCCAGAACAAAAACAGAAGUACCUUCCUGCUGUUGCUUCUGGUGAGAAGGUUGCAGCUUUUUGUCUAACUGAGCCAUCAAGUGGAAGUGAUGCCAUGUCUAUCAGAUCCAGAGCUAUUCCCUCUUCUGAUGGGUCUCAUUACAUCCUUAAUGGAAGUAAGAUAUGGAUCAGCAAUGGUGGAAUUGCUGAGGUCUUUACAGUCUUUGCUCAGACACCUAUGCCUGAUGGGGGAGACCGUGUGACAGCAUUUAUUGUGGAGCGUGGAUUUGGGGGGGUGUCAAGUGGUCCUCCUGAGAAAAAGAUGGGGAUCAAGGCAUCUAAUACAACCGAAGUCUACUUUGAAGAUGUGAAGAUUCCGAAGGAGAACAUCCUUGGAAAAGUAGGAGGAGGAUUCAAGGUGGCCAUGAGCAUCUUGAACAAUGGCCGCUUUGGCAUGGGGGCUGCCAUGGCCGGCACCAUGAAGGCUGUCAUCCAGAAGGCUGUUGAUCAUGCUGUCAACAGAGUGCAAUUUGGGUCAAAUAUUGGAACAUAUGGAGCAAUCCGGGAGAAGCUGGCACAGAUGGCUAUGCUACACUAUGUCACUGAAUCCAUGGCUUACAUAGUCUCAUCCAACAUGGAUCGGGGGAUUCAGGACUAUCAGAUCGAAGCAGCCAUCUCUAAGAUAUUUGGGUCAGAGGCUGCUUGGAAGGUGACAGAUGAGGUAAUCCAGGUUCUAGGAGGGAUGGGAUACAUGAAAGAGUCAGGAUUGGAGCGUGUACUCCGAGACCUGCGCAUCUUCCGCAUCUUUGAAGGCACAAAUGACAUCCUUCGUCUCUUCGUUGCCCUCACGGGGCUCCAGUAUGCAGGAGGGUUUUUGAAGGAGCUCCAGAAGGCCAUGGCAAAUCCAGUAGCAAAUCUGGGCUUGAUCCUGGGUGAAGGGACAAAGAGGGCGAAACAGAUAGUCGGUCUUGGAUCCGGAUCCACUCUCCCCCUCACAUCUGUUGUCCAUCCAAAUAUCCAUCCUGAGGCUCAGCAGGCUGCUGUUGCGAUCGAGGCAUUUGGAGGUGCGUGCGAGGGGCUUUUGAUGAAGCAUGGAAGGAACAUCGUGAACGAACAGUUCCUCCUGAAUCGGCUCGCCAAUGCGGCCAUCGACGUGUACGGCAUGAUCGUCGUGUUGAGCCGAGCCACAUCGUCCCUGAAUGCCAACGCUUCCUCCGCGGCUUUCGAGGAGAAGGUCACCAAAGUCUGGUGUCACGAGGCGUCGGAUCGGGUGCAGAUGAACUUGGGGAUCCUGCGCUCGGCCCGCCACGGCGAGACGUUCAAGCUCAUGUCCCAGAUAUCAGAGGAAUUAUGCGCUCACGGCGGGAUCGUACAAACCAAUCCCGUUGGAUUUUGA